AUGGUCACACAUUAUGACGCUAUUGUCCUUGGCUCUGGCCAAAGUGGCAAUCCUGUUGCCAAAGCAUUCGCCAAUGCGGGCCACAAGACAGCUGUAAUUGAGCGCACAGCACUGGGUGGGACCUGUGUCAACGUCGGAUGCACACCUACGAAAACCAUGAUUGCAUCCGGACGAGCAGCGUUCAUGGCCAAGCGAGGUAAGGAUUAUGGCGUACGCGCAGGAAAUGACAGUUUUGAGAUUGACAUGGCUCGCGUGAGGCAACGCAAGCGCGCAAUCGUCGAGCAAUGGAACUCGGGUAGUGUCAGGGGUUUGAAGGCAGCAGGGGUGGAUGUUCUUAUGGGAGAAGCAAGCUUUGUUGGAGAUAAAAGCCUUAGAGUUGUGUUGAAUGAAGGGGGUGAGAAGGAGGUCAGCGCCGACCGGAUAUUCGUCAACGUCGGUGAGAGAUCAUCGCGGCCGGUUAUACCAGGGUUAGACGAUGUCGAGCCGUCACGAGUCCUCGACUCAACGUCGAUAAUGGAGCUCGACGAAGUACCGCAACAUCUCGUGGUGCUAGGCGGCGGGUAUAUCGGCCUUGAGUUUGGGCAGCUCUUUCGUCGCCUGGGCUCUGAAGUGACGGUCAUUCAGAGGGCGAAACAACUCGUACCACAUGAAGACCCUGAUGUGGCCGAGUGUCUUUUGGAUAUCCUUAAACAGGAUGGUCUCACGGUACACUUGUCGAGUACAGUCAACUCGAUCUCAGCCAUCAAGAACUCGAACAAUGCUUUCGAGGUCAGCAUCCACACCACAACUGGCCAGACUGACGUUACUGGAUCCCAUGUUUUGUUGGCAACGGGGCGGGUGCCCAAUACCGAUCGACUGAAUCUUCUCGAGGUUGGUAUCAAAACGACGACCAAAGGGCAUAUCAUAGUGGAUGACAAGUUGCAAACUUCGGUCCCAGACGUCUACGCCUUGGGCGACUGUCACGGCGGCGCUGCAUUCACACACAUGUCGUACGAUGAUUCUCGUAUCAUUCGCACAAACCUACUGCCGGAGACCAUGGCAUCCACGACUCCUGCUAUGCCUACGGCGCAGUCUUCGGUAUCGAGAGUGUUAACACCCUACGUUAUGUACACCGAUCCACAACUUGGCCAUGUCGGACUCCACGCUCGCGAUCUUGCCAAUACUAAGAGAGAGGUCAGAACUGCCAAAAUGCCCAUGAACUUUGUCGCAAGGGCGUUGGAAACAGCAGAGCCACGCGGCAUGAUGAAGGCUAUUGUGGAUGCCAAAACCGGCGAAAUCCUGGGUUACACAUGCUUGGGACUCGAAGGAGGUGAAAUUAUGUCGAUUGUGCAGACUGCUAUGAUGGGUAAUCUGAAGUGGUGGGAUUUGGAGGCAGCCGUAUAUGCUCAUCCGACUCUGGCCGAGAGUCUGAACAACCUGUGGGCGCAUCUAGAAUAG